AUGGCGGGGUGGUGCGAGGAGGCGGUGGCGCUGCUGCGGCGGCGCCCCGCGUUGGCGGAGAUGGCCGUCGACGUGCUGCUCUGCGCGGUGCCGAUCUGGGCCGCCGUCAUGAUCGGCCUCAUCGUCGGCUGGUCCUGGCGCCCGCGCUGGACGGGGCUGCUCUUCCUCGGCCUCCGCAGCCGCCUCCGCAUCCUCUGGCUCUGGGUGCCGCCGGGCCUCGGGGCCCGGAGGCUCUGGCUCGCCUUCACCGCGCUCUCCGCCUGCUCCGUCGCGCCCAGGCUCCUCUCCUCCGCAUUCCGCGCCCGCCGCCGCAGAGGCAAGCACCAGGACAAGGCCUCCCACGAGGAUCGUGCCUCCGCGGCCCCGGACGGCGGAGGUUGCGCCGACGGCAGGACAAUUUUUGAGGACGAGCAUGAUACUGUCACUGAGAAGGACCUAGAACAUCUGCUGCAACUUUUAGAUAACAAGGAAAGCUGGGAUACGGCUUGGCAGAAUUUGAUGGAGCGUACAACCUCCAACAUGACCUACAAGGCCUGGCGGCGUGAGCCUGAGGAGGGACCUAUAAUGUACUGUAGCCGCACUAUUUUUGAGGAUGCUACUCCUGAACUGGUUAGAGAUUUCUUCUGGGAUGGUGAUUUUCGUCUCAAGUGGGAUCCCAUGCUUGCAUACUCCAUAACUUUGGAUGAGUUCCCUCAGAAUGGAGCAACAAUUGUCCACUGGAUAAAAAAGUUCCCAUUCUUUUGCAGUGACCGUGAAUACAUCUUUGGAGGACGCAUAUGGGAAUCCGGGAAGACUUACUAUUGUGUUACAAAGGGUGUUCCAUAUCCAUCAUUGCCCAAGAAAGAAAAACCGAGGCGUGUGGAGCUGUACUUCUCAAGUUGGCGUAUUAGAGCUGUUCAGUCGCCUAAACAUGUGGGUCAGCAAUCUGCGUGUGAAGUAACUUUGGUUCACUAUGAGGACAUGGGCAUACCAAAAGAUGUUGCGAGGGUUGCUGUCCGUCACGGCAUGUGGGGUGCUGUGAAGAAACUUCAGUCUGGAUUCAGAGCCUAUCAGCAAAUGAGAGGCACAGAAAACACCCUGUCACACAGCACCAUCAUGGCUCGAGUGACCACCAAGAUAUCCAUCACGGAUUCAAAUGGUCCGCUGGAUCAUGACCUCUCUGUCACAGAUGAAACCAGUGACGAGGAUGACAGGUCCCAAGCAGUUCAGCAUGGUUUCGACUGGAAGUGGGUGGUGGUUGGUGGUGCGGUGGCUGCGCUCUGUGUGCUCAACACCGGACUGGUGGGCAAGGUCCUCUUGCUUGGAGCAGCGAGAAGGCAGGCAAAGAAGUGA